CCAACUGAACAAUAGGCACAGCUUCCCACUACUUCCGCGCAUCCCGCAUUACUCAUUCUCGAUUACCAAGAACUUAACGCUUUACCUCCCAUUCCCACAGCACCAAGUCAAAUUUCGCCAAACUGGGGAAGCGCAAGGUGUCCGAAGGGGAUUUGCCUAUUUCCCUCAAACGAACCAUGACGGACAAGAAGCAGCCCGGCGACGUCGACCUCGUCACCCGUAUGCAGGUGGACGAGUCGGUCGUGGGCUCCAACGAGAUCGAUGAGUCCCUCUACAGCCGUCAGCUUUAUGUGCUCGGCCACGAGGCCAUGAAGCGCAUGAGCGCUUCGAAUGUGCUCAUCGUCGGCCUCAAGGGUCUCGGUGUCGAGAUAGCAAAGAACGUCGCCCUUGCUGGUGUCAAGAGCCUCACCCUCCACGAUCCGGCGCCGGUCGCCAUCGCGGACCUUUCAUCCCAGUUCUUCCUCCGCGCCGAGGACGUCGGCAAGCCUCGUGAUCAAGUCACUGCUCCCCGGGUUGCCGAGCUGAAUGCGUACACGCCUGUGCGCAUCCACGAGUCUGAGAGCCUUAGCGAGAACCUUUCACAAUUCGACAAGUAUCAAGUCGUCGUCCUCACCAAUACCCCCCUUCCCGUGCAGAUAACCGUCGGCGAUUACUGCCACCAGAAGGGCAUCUACUUCAUCGUCGCCGACACAUUCGGUCUCUUCGGGUCGGUCUUUUGCGACUUCGGCAAAAACUUCACCAUCCUUGAUACGACUGGCGAGAACCCUGUGAACGGCAUAGUUGCGGGCAUUGAUGAGGAAGGGGUGGUUUCCGCGCUCGACGAGACUCGACACGGGCUCGAGGACGGCGACUACGUCACAUUCUCAGAAGUUGAGGGCAUGGAAGCCCUCAAUGGAUGCGAGCCCCGGAAGGUCACAGUGAAGGGUCCCUACACCUUCUCGAUCGGCGAUGUAUCGGGCUUGGGCCAGUACAAGCGGGGAGGGUUGUACCAGCAGGUCAAGAUGCCCAAGUUCAUCGACUUCAAGAACAUCUCCGCCGCUAUGAAGGACCCCGAAUUUGUCAUCUCCGACUUUGCCAAGUUCGACCGGCCUCAACAGCUGCACAUCGGCUUCCAGGCCCUGCACGCAUUUGCUCAGACACACGGCCGCCUUCCACGACCGAUGAAUGACUCGGACGCGGUGAUCGUCGUCAAGUCAGCCAAGCAAUUUGCGCAAACAGAAGGCAUCGAAGUGGAGUUUGACGAGAAGUUGCUCAAGGAGCUCAGCUACCAAGCAACGGGUGAUCUCAAUCCCAUGGCUGCCUUCUUCGGCGGGCUCACUGCCCAGGAGGUGCUCAAAGCCGUGUCGGGAAAAUUCCAUCCAGUGAAGCAGUUCAUGUACUUUGACGCACUCGAGUCGCUCCCUACAGCAUCCGCCCGGUCGGAGGAGUUGUGCAAGCCCACCGGUUCGCGUCACGACGGCCAGAUUGCGGUCUUUGGUCGUGAGUUCCAGGAGAAGAUUGCAAACAUGAGGCAGUUCUUGGUCGGCGCCGGCGCCAUCGGCUGCGAGAUGCUUAAGAACUGGGCCAUGAUCGGUCUCGGAACCGGGCCCAAGGGCAGGAUUACCGUGACCGAUAUGGACCAGAUCGAGAAGAGCAACCUGAACAGGCAGUUCCUGUUCCGGCCCAAGGACGUCGGCCAGAUGAAGAGCGAGUGCGCAGCGAAGGCCGUGCAGGCCAUGAAUCCGGACCUCGAGGGCCACAUUGUCUCGCUCAAGGACCGUGUCAGCCAGGAUACGGAGCACAUCUUCAACGAAGACUUCUGGAACAGCCUCGACGGCGUGACGAACGCUCUUGACAAUGUCGAAGCGAGGACGUAUGUGGAUCGGAGAUGCGUUUUCUUCCACAAGCCGCUCCUGGAGAGCGGCACGCUCGGUACCAAGGGCAACACACAGGUGGUACUUCCUAUGCUUACCGAGUCGUACUCGUCGUCUCAGGAUCCACCGGAGCAAUCGUUCCCCAUGUGCACCCUCCGCAGUUUUCCCAACAAGAUUGAGCACACAAUCGCGUGGGCACGUGAGUUGUUUGAGAGCUCGUUCGUGAAGCCGGCCGAGACGGCAAACCUGUACCUCACUCAACCCAACUACCUGGAGACGACGCUGAAGCAGGGGGGCAAUGAGAAGGCGACUUUGGAGAUGCUGGUGGAGUUCCUCAAGAAUGAGCGCGCGCUCACGUUUGAGGACUGCGUGCAGUGGGCUCGCAUGCUGUUCGAGAAGCAGUACAACAACGCCAUCCAGCAGCUUCUCUACAACUUCCCCAAGGACGCUGUCUCGUCGACCGGUACACCCUUCUGGUCGGGUCCCAAGCGCGCGCCGGACCCGCUCAAGUUCGAUCCCAAUAACCCCACACACUUUUCGUUCCUUGAAGCGGCGACUAACCUGCACGCCUUCAAUUACAACAUCAAUGUCAAGGGGAAGACCAGGCAGGACUACAUGCAGGCGCUGGAUUCAAUGAUCAUUCCGGAUUUCUCGCCAGACGCAAACGUCAAGAUCCAGGCCGAUGACAAAGACCCUGACCCCAAUGCCGGGGGCAGCAGUUUCGAUGACGAGAAUGAGCUGCAGAAACUUGUCAACGAUCUGCCGGAUCCCAAGACGCUGGCCGGGUUCAAGCUCACGCCGGUGGAGUUUGAGAAGGACGAUGACACCAACUACCACAUCGACUUCAUCACGGCUGCCAGCAACCUGCGUGCCGAGAACUACAAGAUUGAGCCGGCAGAUCGGCACAAGACCAAGUUCAUUGCCGGCAAGAUCAUCCCGGCCAUCGCCACGACGACGGCGCUCGUCACAGGCCUGGUGAUACUGGAGCUGUACAAGAUCGUUGACGGCAAGAAGGACCUUGAGCAGUACAAGAACGGCUUCGUCAACCUCGCGCUGCCCUUCUUCGGCUUCAGCGAGCCGAUCGCCAGCCCCAAGGUGGAGUACCAGGGUCCCAACGGCAAGGUGACGCUCGACAAGAUCUGGGACCGGUUCGAGGUCGGCAAUGUCACGCUCCGGGAGCUGAUUGACGACUUUGAGAAGCGCGGGCUGACGAUCGCCAUGCUGAGCUCCGGGGUUAGCCUCCUGUUUGCCGCCUUCUUCCCGCCGGCCAAGCAGAAAGACAAGUUUGGCAUGAGGCUGAGUGAGCUCGUCGAGUCAGUCACUAAGAAGCCGAUCCCGGCGCACCAGACGGAGCUCAUCUUUGAGGUGGUGACGGAGGACGCUAAUGGCGAGGACGUCGAGGUGCCGUACAUCAAGGCCAAGAUCCGGUGAAAUGCGAGCUAGUUAGCAGAUGGUUGGGGCUGUAAGCUUGCGGAUUGGUGUGGAAUAUGAGCAUAUGCACACAUUUAGGCGCCGGUAGGAGGAAUAGACGUUGUCUUUUAGCAGCUCUUUCUCUCUUGGUCUUUUUCCCGUGGGGGUGUCGGGGUGGUGUCCAAUCUCACUGCUUGCCCAAGUCAAGAGCGAGGCAAACACCAGCACUACCUGUCCUCCUUUACCCAAAGACGUACACGGCCGGAUCUAUAUUCCGUUAAACAAGUCCGUAAAAGGCGUACAGCAUUUGUCUCAUUCCAAUCCUAUACCACAGUAGUGGCUUUCGUUUCAGCAGGUGCCUUACUCAUCAUCAUGCGCCAAGGUGGGGAGCUCCUCAUUACGUCAGUAAUAAGGUAUUUGUCAGUUCAUUC